AUGAAGACAUGUAACACGCUCGAUGCUCCAUACGUCCGGCUGCCUAUCGAUAUCCUCAUUCUGUCGAUCGGUCUCCCGGCCAACGCGAUGCUGUUAUGGACGCUCCUGAGGAACGGGAAGGCUUUAUCUGCCUCUGAAGUCCUGGGUCUUAACCUAGGCCUGCUGAACAUACUUUACUGUCUUUGUCUGCCGAUGGAAAUUUACGUCGUUCACCAGAAGCGCACGGACCACUUGCUCCUCGUCUCGGAGGCCCUCUCCGCCCUGAACAGCUUUGGCUGUCCCCUGCUGCUGGCCAGCAUGUGCGUGGAGCGCUACGUGGCGGCUUCGCACCCCGUGCUUUACCUGCGACUGGGUCGACUGGGGUACCGAGUCGUCUACACCGCGCUGGUCUGGAUUCUCACGAUCUUUGUCGCUCUGGCAACCUACCUCCGAGGCCUGUCCGACAUGGCCCUGGGCGCGUCCAUCGUCAUUGACGUGCUCUUCCUCGUCAUGCUGGUGUGCCUGGUGGGCGUAGUGCGGGUGCUUUGUAAAAAGGCCCCUGGCGAGGGCAGACAAGGGGCUCCAGGAUGUUCGGCGAUGAAGAAGAGGGCUCUGAGGAACAUAGUGGCCGUCUUAGUGCCCUCCACGCUGGCCUACGGACCACUCUUGGCCCUAGCUCCGUACCUAACGGCCCUACGGGCUCUGACGAAGGCGAAGGUGAGUGUCACGCACUGCGACGCGCUCAAGCUGAUGCUGGUCUUUCCCGGUUUUGGGGUUUACAUCGGGCCCGCCUUCUAUAUGUCUCGGACCAGUCAGCUGCUGUGCCGUCGGAACGGCGCAGAAGGCAAGGAGCAGACCACCAAUUGCAUUUUAGAACAAGUUAAAUAG